AUGUUAAGGCACUUUACUCCAUCCAGAUCAAUAUUUUUUGCCUCAGAGGAAAUGGUCCGAGAGCUGGAAAGGGAUUUCCCAGCAGAGCUACAGAUAAGCUUUAUUGCAUAUCGGGACUGUUCUCCCAGUGUGGACCAGAAGUUUUGCCCUGGGCUUCAUAUUUCCAUUUUUGCCAAGAGUCAAUUAGAAAAUUCAAGCAUUUUGAAUUUUCUAUAA